AUGGGGGACGAAACGGUGUCCAGGCUGUUCCGCGUGAGACGGACGAUAUUCGAGAUGCUACUCGAUCGUGGGUACCUAGUAGCUGAUCGCGAGCUUCGAGCGACCAAGGAUGAUUUCAGAGACCAAUUCGGGGACGACCCUCAACGAGACGAUCUGACGCUACUGAAGCAGAAAAAAGACAACCCUAGCGACGAGAUCUACGUGUUCUUCCCGGUGGAGGCGAAGGUGGGCAUCAAGACGCUCAAGGGGUACUACGAGAAGAUGAAGGGGUCGGGGCUGUCGCGCGCCAUCAUGGCGGUGCAGCAGAACCUCACGCCCUUCUCCAAGAAGAUCCUUGCUGACAUGGCGCCCAAAUACAUCAUUGAAGUCUUCCAGGAGGGCGAGCUUUUGGUGAAUGUGACAAAGCACGAGUUGGUGCCGCAGCAUGUGGUGUUGACAGAGGAGGAGAAACACAUUCUGCUGGAGAGAUACACAGUCAAGGAGCACCAGCUGCCUCGCAUGCAGAGGAGUGACCCCGUGGCUCGGUGUCCAACGGACACCUUUGAGCCGCUGAAAGUCCCCAGGGGAGGCUCAGCAUGGGGAACCCUGCUGGCGGCGCUGGCAGUGGUGGUGCUGCUCGCCUGCGCGCCCCUCUCCUGGCGCCUCAGCACCAAGCCGUGGCGCCCGCACCUCUUCCCGCCAGUGUGCCGCCCGCCCACGCACGUGCACGCACAGGCGGAUCAGCUGCCUCGCCUGUUCAUGUUCAUUGGCACUGAGGGGAGCGGCCACGACCUGUUUGAAUACAUCUUCAGCUACCUGCCAGUGAACAUCAGCAUAGACCGAUUCAACCCCGACCUGCACCUGACAACGUCGCCAGGGCAGAAGGUGGCCUCGGCACAGGACCCCACCGGCGCCACUGUCGACUGCCCCAAGCUGCCGUACUCGCGCCACGUCUACGACUUCGGUGUCCGCAUGUCCACCGCUCUCAAGGCCAAGCUCCAGGACACAAACUACUACCUGCGCGCCAGGGACCCCUUCCCCAUGGGGCGCAUUCGCACGCCACUGGCUCGCCCCGACCUCAUCUCGCUUGCGACAUUCCACGGCAUUCUGUAUAACCUCAAGCUCGUGGUGCUCGUGCGAAACCUGACAGACACGGUGCUCUGGUCCGUGCUGCGGCGCUUCCACAACGACGAUGUGGGGCUGCAGGCGAGGCUGAUAGAGGACAGCAUGGUCUACAUCGAUGCCUCCCUCAGGACGCUCCCUUGCGGCACGUUCAGCCUGAUAGACGUGGAUGCACUGGUCAAGAGACCCAAGACCGCCUCCACUGCUCUGGCUCAGUUCCUGGGGCUACCCGGAGUAGCCAAGGAGGAGGUGUUCAGUGCGAUACAGCGCGGUAAGGAGAAGUGGGAGCCCACCCUCACAGUGCAGAGUGGGCUGGGGGCAACAGCAGAUGGGGACGAGGCAGCAGAGGUCACAUUCGACGGGCAGGCACUUGAAGUGUUCUUCCAGCAACGCGUGGGGCUGUGGCCUCUGCUGGAUGCAGCUAAGGGGAAACCCGUGUUUGUGCCACGUAACCCACAGGACUGGCCUCUGGAGUAA